AUGCGCCGGUCGGGGGUUUUGCUGAUGCUGGCCUGGAUGGGCCCGGUGAUCGCAACCGCCACCUUUGCCCCGCCCAGUGACUGGGAGGAUCUGAUUGCCACGGGCAACUUGCUGUGGCACAACUCAACCUCUGUUGCACCAGGCUAUCAGCCCAACAUUGGCAACGGCUACAUUGGCCACACAGUGGGGUGUGGCCCCGCUUAUACGCCUGGUCAAGAGGAGGGCUCAGGUCGCUUGCACCUGGCCGGGGUUUUCAACGGCCAAAGUUUUGUGACGCCAUCGCAUCGGGCAGGGCUGCCUUCACCCUUUAUGGCGUACCCCAUCGAAGCCAACGGGGCUCCCGUUGUCUUCAACGCCAGUGGCCUGGACCUGCAGGCCGCUAUCUUUCGAAAUCGCACCCGCCUUCCUGCUUGCGGAGAUGCGGUCUUGGAAAUGCGGCUUCUGGCGCACCGCGAAUUACUCAAUCUGGAGGUGCUCCAGCUCGUCAUCCGUGGUCGAGUCAAGUUGGACAUGUACACGCACGUGGCAGAGACGGCCAAUGCCUCUUCCACUCGUGUCGUCAUGCUUUACGAUCAAGUGGCUCGCCUGGAGGCCUGGCAACCAACGCGUAUCAUGGCCAUAGUUUUUGGGAUGUCGAGACCUGGAUGCUACCAUAUUAUGCCGUCUUUCACCCCCACAUUGCACGUUCUCUGCUACGAUGCCGCACGUGAAGAGGCAGCUGCUUAUGGUUACCCUGGAGCCUUUUAUCCUUGGGAAUCUGCAGCAACUGGUUCUGGGCUGGUCGGGUUUCCCUACACCACUCGGGCGCGUUCACUGUUCAAGGGAUCAUUACUCCUGAUGAGGGUGCGGGCGUGGUUAGUGUCGUGUCUUGUUACAGCCGAAUUUCCAUCCAUUCAAGCCUGCCCGCUUGGGUCCAUCUCAGAGGCCAUCCUUGCGCGCAUUCAGCACGACAGCGGCGCAUACACCAACGCGCUCGUUAGCAGCGUGCUCAACUUUACCCAGGAGGUGGCGGCAUUGAUUGGAGCUACCGUACCAAGCAAUUACAGUCUCAUUGCCGACCAAAUGUAUUUGCCUCUUGUUGAUGACUUGUACGCCGGCGGCCCUGUACAUCCUGAGUACGAAGGGUAUCAGCAAGGGCAGGCCAUCACCCAAUCGGCCGUCGGGCUGUUGCAGUACCCACUUGCCAUCACAAUGCCCGUAUCCGUGGCGCAGAACGAUUUACUCUAUUACCAGGCCGUGACUCGAGACAAUGGCUAUUUUACCGGAGACUCUUCCUACGCGAUCGCAUGGGCACGCUUGGGCAACAUGAGUGCUGCCAAUGAGCAGUUUGCCCGCACAUUUCGCUAUCUGAGUCCGGAUGACCCAUACUUUUUAUUCAAGGAGGAGGCCGUCACUGGCAACAACAUCAACUUUUUAACCGGGGCCGGUGGGUUUUUGCAGUCCAUCUUGUAUGGCUUUGGAGGCCUAGAUGUCACGGAGGAGGCAUUUAUGCUGCAUCCACGUCUUCCCGACGUUGGUGGCGUUCGAGCGCUCACGUGGGCCAGCGUGCGAUAUCGGUCUGUUUGCUUUGACGUGCAUUACAAUGCCACCAACACGUGUCUACGUUUGCAUGAGUCAUACGAUGGCUCGAGUCUCGUGGUGAACGACGAAGCACUUUUGGUGGGUCAGGAAACCUGUGUACCUGCAG